UAAAUCAUCCCAAUUGAAUUGCCAAAAUUGAACGUUUUUAGCUUUCUAUAAAUAGAAGUGAGUUCAAUUCGCGUUCAACUUGCAGAUUUUAUUUGAACCAUUCAAGGCUUUAAGUACAUACAUACAUAGUCUGAAUAUUAAAUUUUUGGUUAGAAAUCUAGAUAACCAUAUACGUGAGGCAAUAAGGUGCAUAUUUAACAAUGGUGUUUAUGAUUAAAGUGAAAGGAGUGCUACCUCUAUUUUGUGUAAUCGAAUUGAGAGAGGAAGUGACAUUAAUUGAUUUGAUAUAUAGAAACGGGGAUAAUGUUUGAGAGUUGGGGUUAAAUGGCUCCAUAUAAUAUUGAGCGGUUCUAAGCGUUCAAUCUUUGCUGAAGCGCAACUGAUUUAGUAGGAAAACUGCUACAAUUUCCAUCUUACUGAACAUAUAGGGGAACUGUUCCGAUCUCCAACUCACUGAACAUAUAUGCAUCUUAUCGCGGAACAAAGAAAUACAGCACCAACUUGGUCAUGUCUUUUCAUCAACAUGCGUGCAUCAACAUGAAAAAAUUACAAAAAUAAGAAACAAAUCAAAUGAAGGCCAGGAGCAGUAGCAUGAACUAAAAUAAAAUUUUUGUUUAACCCUUUCCUUCGUAUGGCUAUAAAGAACAUUAUAAAAUUUUGCACAUCCAAUUUUCAUCAAAUUGUUUCAACAAACAAAUAGCAAUAUUUGGAACAUCUUUAUGGUUUCAUUAGACCGCUUAUAUAAUAAAUUUUGUGUCAAAAUAGUGAUCAAUAAAACGAUUUAAAAUAUUUAUUUUUCAGUUUUCCAAAAAUGUUUUCCUUCCGACUAUGCCAAAUAUUUUUUGUUCUACAAUUUUUAUCAAAAUUGAAUUCUUUUAAAAGAGUCGUGGGAAGGAAAGGGUUAAAAGAAUGUCUAGCAUUGUCGAAUGCAAUGAAUGAUUAGUAACAGCGUUAGAAGUCUUGUCAUUGUUUCCAGACUGAUAACGAACAUUCUAUGUACAAGAUUUCCAUUAAGAUAAGUAAGAUAGGUAUACUUCAUCGUUCUCAUGAAAGCACAAAUCAGUCUGUAAAUAAAACUGUAAAAUGUUGAAUAUUUUUGUAUUGCUUGCAACAAUUUCUAUUGCGUUUGCUAACCAGUCAGAGCAUGCUCUUAUUAUUGACAUUAUCGACGAAACAUUUCCCGAGGAAAUCAAUAAUCAGUUUAUAGCAGAGCUUCAUCAGAACGGUCAAGAUGGAUCAAUUUCAGAAGAUCUGGACAGAAUAAUACAGAAUCACAUCACAUCCAUGCAAAGGUGUCUUCCAUCGUCUGAAGCCAUCUAUAACUUUUUAAGACAAUUCUCUUCAAACCAGCAGAACGUAGUGCAAAGGGUUUUGAAAAAGGCUCUAAUAAUAAGUUUGAAUGAAGAUGGCAAAGAAAAGCCGAUCAUCAGUAGACCACUACACCCACCACCAUUUAGCCCUAAACGCUUGCAGCAGAUGCUACCGGAAAAACUUCAGCGGGAAAUAUUGGAAGAAGUGUUUCUCCGAGGGGGCUUGCAGUUUUUGUCCAUAAGUCUUCGCCAGAAAAUUGAAGAACUUAUUCAACUUUUUCCACCCAACAUCAGACAAGACAUCCGUGACAUAGUGGAAGAAACAAAAUCGUCCGGUGUUUUACCACACGCCAACGAAGAGUUGAAAACAAAGAUAAGCAACUAUUUCUGGAACCUUCAAUCGUCAAAUGCAUUUUCCAGUAAUGCGUAGAAUAUAUUUUGUUUUGUUUUGCUUGUUUUUUAAAUGAAAUAAAUUUGAUUAGAUAAAAAGACGGGUGAGGAAUUAUAAUGGAUAAAACAUCUGGUAUCUUUGGUACGUGCAUAACAAAUACCACACGCAACUGUGUUAUGGCUAUGAACUGCAAUAAUAAAAUGUGAUACCUGGAAAAUAUAUAAUAAUAUCAUACAAAAAUAAAGUUGAUAAACUUUCUUACGCUUUUAUUCUUAAUUAUAAGCUUCUGAGCUUUAUAGUCCAACGUAACACAUUGAUCGUUCGUUAUUUGGAACCCAUUAACCCCCUUGCUAGCGAAAUUCAUUUUGUCAUCUUUGUCUUUAUUAUUCUAAAAUUUCAACCAUCGAGCAAUCAUGCGUGAGCGCCUAUCUAGAGAGUAGGAGGUUAAGGGUUCGAGUCCCUCCAAGAUACGUGGAUUGUUUUUCGUAAAUUUCAUAUCAAUUUGACCAUUUCGA